GAUGAUUCCCAUCUAGCCAUUAAUAACUAUCUCAGUCCCGCAAGUCGUCACAGCGUCGCAGUCGCUUUUUUAACACGUUCUCACACUUCAUUCUCAUUUUAGCCCUUCGUACUAUUAACAACAACAAAAAUCUUCAUUCACAUCGCUGCGGUUUCGCUUGUCAUUUGUGAACGCGAUGCAGAAGAGAAGGAAGCCCGAGCCCAUCCAACUCAACCCGAUCCCCGAUGGGAACAUCAUCAACGGCACCGGAGCCACAGAGACAAACUUAGAGGCCCUGCAGAAGAAACUGGAAGAGCUGGAACUGGACGAGCAGCAACGCAAACGCCUGGAAGCUUUCCUGACGCAGAAGCAGAAAGUGGGAGAGCUGAAGGAUGAUGACUUUGAGAAGAUAUGCGAGCUCGGUGCAGGCAACGGAGGGGUCGUCUUCAAGGUUUCCCACAGACCUUCUGGUCUGAUCAUGGCCAGGAAGCUCAUCCACCUGGAAAUCAAACCGGCCAUCAGGAACCAGAUUAUAAGGGAGCUUCAAGUUCUGCAUGAAUGCAACUCCCCCUACAUUGUGGGCUUCUAUGGCGCUUUCUACAGCGAUGGGGAAAUCAGCAUCUGCAUGGAGCACAUGGAUGGCGGCUCCCUGGAUCAGUCGCUGAAGAAAGCUGGAAAGAUCCCGGAGCAAAUCCUUGGCAAAAUCAGCAUUGCUGUCAUUAAAGGGCUUUCCUACCUGAGGGAGAAACACAAGAUCAUGCACAGAGAUGUCAAGCCAUCUAACAUCCUGGUGAAUUCCCGCGGUGAGAUAAAGUUGUGCGACUUUGGAGUGAGUGGACAGCUCAUAGACUCCAUGGCCAACUCCUUUGUGGGGACACGAUCCUACAUGUCUCCGGAGCGUUUACAGGGCACUCAUUACUCAGUCCAGUCCGACAUCUGGAGCAUGGGUCUGUCCUUAGUUGAAAUGGCCAUUGGCCGUUUCCCUAUCCCACCGCCUGACACAAAGGAGCUGGAACACAUUUUUGGGACUCAAGUGGGCGGUUCAAACUCUGCAGAGUCCUCACCAAAUGCUGGGCCUCCUGGGCGACCUGGCAGCUCGUAUGGAUUGGACAGUCGGCCUCCAAUGGCCAUCUUUGAGUUACUUGACUACAUUGUCAAUGAGCCUCCACCAAAGUUGCCUGGGAUGUUAUUCAGUUCGGAAUUCCAAGACUUUGUCAAUAAAUGCUUGAUAAAGAACCCAGCAGAAAGGGCAGACCUGAAACAGUUAAUGGUGCACCCUUUCAUCAGACAGUCAGAGGCAGCGCAAGUUGAUUUUGCCGGCUGGUUGUGCACCACCAUUGGCCUCAAGCAGCCUGGGACGCCCACCCAUGGCUCUGGAAUGUGACCGCUACCAGCUAGUAUACCGUAAAACCCGCGCCCUUUAAAUACUCUAACAGGGUCUCUAUAAUUUGUAUGAGGUGUUAGGCGAAAAAGUGCAAUCAAAUGGUACGUAUUUUCAUUUCAAACCUACAUGCCAAGUGAAAUUAUAAAAGUGAAACAAAUUUUUGGCUGCUUUGCAAGCCUGCCUGAAAAGCCAUCUUUUUCUAACGAAUAAUGCCAUUUUAAACGUGCUUAAGGCUCAGAUUUGUUGUCGUGACAAGUUUGGUGAAUUAAACUGUGAACAUGU